GCGGGGCCCGGGGCCAAGAUGGCGUCCCCGCGGCGAGGGAGAGCUUCCUCCACGGUGGUAUCCUGCUGCUCGGUCCCCUGGCCCUCUGUCAGCCCAGGACUCAGGCCUCCACCCACGGCACCUGCAGUUGGCUCCUGGCUCCUGCUUUUUGCUACUUUAAGCCCCACCCCCACCUGUCCUGUCAGUUCUGAGUGGGAGGGGCUUCCCCUGCCAGGUGGAGAGAGUUGACAGACCUCCUCCACCGUGCCUCCUGCUCAGCCCCGCGCUGGGGGGCAGCUGCCUGACUCCCACCCAGGAGGCACAGGAAAAUGAAAACCCUCCCCUGGAACACUUAGAGAAAUGACAAGUGUUCAGAGCUGAGUAAAGCUCUGGGCAAAAAAUUUAACUGUUUCCCCCACCCCCACCCCCUUCCCUUAAAAGAAAGACAUUUUCUUUGAACAAAAUGAGGAAAAGUCACUUUCUGCUUUCAGGCUGGGACCCAGAUCAGGGUGAUGUACCUGGAAGCCGACCUACCGCUUCCAGCCUGCUGUCACCAGAGAUGCUGCUCUGCCUGAGUGGAACGUACUAUGCCCUGUAUUUCCUAGCUACGCUCCUGCUGCUCGUGUAUAAAAGUCAGGUUUUCACUUACCCUCACAGUUACCUGGUCCUCGACCUGACUCUGCUCUUUCUGAUGGGGAUUCUGGAAGCAAUUCGUUUAUACUUCGGUGCCACGGGCAACCUGACGGAGGCCGAGGUGCCGCUGGCCGCCAGCCUGGUCCUCACCGUGGGCGGCGCCCUGCUGUCUGCCUACUUCCUGCUCUGGCAGACCCUGGUGCUGCGAGCAGACGCAGCCCUCGGCGCUCCGCUCCUGGCACUCCACAGCCUGGAGGCCAUCCUGGAGGUGGUGGCCAUCGCUGCCUUCCUCAGCUAGGCGAACAGUGCCAGGCCCGUGGGACAGCCCUGGACAGGAGCCCCUCCUCAGGGCAGACGGUGCCCCGGCUGUCACUUUGAGCAGGAAGGGCAUCUUCGUACUCACCAGCCACAGUGUUAGAGAGACUGUGUUUGCAGCAGGGUGUCUGUGAGGCAGAGGUGGGGCUGAGCACCAGGGCAGAACAGAGUGCUGCAGCAGGGCCAGGCAGCCCUGGGCAGGCUCGGGGGGCAGGGUGAGGGUGGAAACUGAGAGGGUUCCGGUUCUGACUGGUGACCCCUGGGGUGCGGGAUGAUUGAGACCCUUCAGAAAGCAGGCGGCCAGGUCAGAGCCUCCUAGGGUCCAAGGCGCCCCACCCCAGGCAGGGGCUGGAGCUCUGUGCUCCCCCUGCAGCUGCAGGGCAGCUCGGGGGUCCUGGGCUCUGCCUCCCACAGGAGGUACUCGCUGGCUGCCUAAUCCCCCUUUGCCUGGGGCUUCUGAGGAAAGGUGAUCCGGAUACCGCAGACAUGGGGAGCUGGCGGCAGCGUUCUCUGGGGAUUUGUGUCAUUCACAGAUCCUCUGUGAGUGCUCCUGGGGAAACCUGAGCUGGUGUUUUCUAGUGACCUUCCUGUAUUUGUUUCAGUUGCACAUUUUCUCUGUUUAGAAUAACACUGUGCUUGAAUAUCUAGAUAUUUUCUCUUCAUUGUAUCUUUAAAAUAAAGGAACGUUUGUACCUCUCUGAA